GCUGUCUGGAGCUGGAAAUGACAGUCUGAGAGGAGGAGGAGAGGGAGAGGUCUGCGCUGCUGCUGCCUCCGACUACCGAGCAACAAGUCUGUGAGACUGAAACUGUGAAUUAGAAAACUAAAGGCCAAACUACGACUGCCUGGACUAGAGCUAGCACUUCAUUAGGAGUCCGCAGGUGGAGUAGCAGCUGGAGGAGCGGGUGGAGGGCUCGUACACGGUGGAGUAUCAUGGCCGCCCUGUUUACUGAGCUGCCCUCAUAGACUUGCCUGAUAUAUAGAGAUACAUAUCUAACCACCCCUGGAAUCCACACAAACACUUUUGACUCUUGGUGUGCGUGUGAGGGAUGACAACCUCCCAUCUGAACGGCCAUGUUGCUGGGGAGGGAGGAGGUGGAGGAGGAGGAGGAGGGGGAGGAGGAGGAGGAGGAGGAGAUGAAGAUCUGAGGGGAGGACAGAAUCACAGAGAAAUGGCUGUUGACUGUCCAGGAGAGCUGGGGAGUCGAACGCUACCGGUCCGACGAUCUGCACAGCUGGAGAGGAUACGACAGCACCAGGAGGAUCUUCGACGUCGUAGGGAGGAGGAGGGUCGGCAGCUGGACCUGAACGCCUCGCUCAGACUCAGGAAACUCUCCCAGCAUCCCCACAUCGGCAUCGACAACCCCACAUUCCUGCAAGACUCGUACACACCACAGCAGCCAGCGCUGAGCAGCUCACACACAUACGCACUGUUGGAGUUGGAGGAGCUGCUGCUGUCACUGAAGCAGGUCCGAGGCUGCCUGUCCGACCAGCAGAGUCAGAAUGACAUAGAGCUGGUUCUUGCACUACUAAACAAGUCUGAUUUCCAGUCGGCGCUGAAGAUCCAUAAUGCCGUGGCCACCAGCAUGCACCGACCUUCUCCUCCAUACCCACACACACAACAGGCACUUCAGCUGGCCAUGGAGGUCAGGAAUCUCAUCCAGCCAAGUCAGAACAAAGAAGGACUCGAACUCCACAGCCUGUUGUCUGACACACACGUCCAGUCUUUGCUCCUGGCCCAUGACAGCAUAGCAGAGAUGGAAAUGCAGCCUGAGCCGCUGCCAGUCCAAGGAGAAACUCUGACCCAGUGGGGAGGAGAGACUGUCAAGAUAGUUCGCAUAGAGAAGGCCCAAGACAUACCACUGGGGGCGACUGUUCGUAAUGAAAUGGACAGCGUGGUGAUCAGUCGUAUUGUUCGAGGUGGAGCAGCUGAGCGGAGCGGACUUCUGUCUGAAGGAGAUGAAAUAUUAGAGAUAAAUGGCAUCGAGAUCAGAGGGAAAGACGUGAACCAAGUCUUUGAUAUUCUUGCGGACAUGCACGGCAUCCUGACCUUCGUGCUCAUUCCCAACACUCAGAGCAAACCUCCUCCUGUCAAAGAGAACGUGAUCCACGUGAAGGCACAUUUCGACUACGACCCAUCAGAUGACCCUUAUGUGCCGUGCAGAGAGCUGGGCUUGUCCUUCCAGAAAGGAGAUAUUCUCCACAUUAUCAGCCAGUCAGACCCCAACUGGUGGCAGGCUUACAGGGAUGGAGAUGAAGAUAAUCAACCACUGGCUGGACUGGUACCAGGGAAGAGUUUCCAGCAGCAGAGAGAAGCCAUGAAGCAAACCAUAGAAGAAGACAAGGAGCCUGAGAAGUCUGGGAAGCUGUGGUGUGCGAAGAAGAACAAGAGGAAGAGAAAGAAGCUGCUGUACAACCCUCACAGGAACGAUGAUGUUGAUAACGAGGAGAUUCUCACCUAUGAGGAGAUGGCUCUGUACCACCAGCCCGCCAAUAGAAAGCGGCCGAUUGCACUGAUUGGUCCAACCAGCUGCGGGCAGGCAGAGCUGAGGCAGAGACUGCUCAACAACCAACCAGAACGCUUCGCUGGAGCUGUACCUCACACCACACGGAGCCGUCGAGAAGGCGAGCUGAGUGGUCGAGAUUACCACUUUGUGUCUCGUCAGACCUUUGAGGCAGAACUGGCUGCAGGAAAGCUGAUCGAGUCCGGUGAGUUUGAGAAGAACCUGUACGGGACGAGUACAGACUCGGUGAGACAAGUCAUCAACACUGGAAAGAUCUGUGUGCUCUGUCUGCACACACAGGCUCUAAAGGUGCUCAGAAGUUCAGACCUGAAGCCUUACAUCAUCUUCAUCGCUCCGCCUUCACAGGAAAGACUCCGAGCCCUGUUGGCUAAAGACAACAAGAACCCUAAGCCCGAGGAGCUCCGCGAUAUCAUCGAGAAAGCCCGGGAGAUGGAGCAGAGCUGCGGUCACCUGUUUGACGCUGUCAUCGUCAACACGGACCAGGACAAAGCCUACACCGAGCUGCUACGACUCAUCAACAAGCUGGACACUGAACCCCAGUGGGUGCCCGGCUCCUGGCUGCGCUGAAAACACACACACUCACAAACACACACGUGUAUUCAUACACCAGUUAUAGAGUAGACCAUGGCGCUCACAUUUCUAGAGAUUUAACAAACUGGAAUCUGAAACGCGGUGUGAGAAUGACAACGUAGGAUCAGGGCUGCUGUUCAGAUAAAAAAAACAAUCCGAGGUUUGGAGAGUCACAAAAAGUUGUAAUUUUAUGAGGAAACAUCCCAAUAUUAAAACAAAGUUGUGAUUUCA